UCCGUUAAAAGAAAAAACAGGAAUUCCGAAGGUGGUUCGUGAAGCCGGCAAAGUCGAAGUUGGGCGGGACGAUCGUCGCAGCGGUGCCUCUGAAAUGGACUGCUCCAUCUGCUUUCACGAUGGCAACAUCACCGACUUGAUUAACAGUCGCACUCUCCACAAUCAUAAUGAUUUUAACCAUGCUGUGCAGAUGCACUCCUCACUCGUGCGGAGGCUCUCACUGGAAAGAGAACUAGAGGGGCACCGUGGAUGUGUGAAUACUAUAGCUUGGAAUUCAGAAGGCUCUAUGUUGAUUUCAGGAUCUGAUGAUACUCAAGUUAACAUCUGGUCCUAUUCAAGUCGAAAACUUAUGGACUCAAUCGACACUGGCCAUUCUGCCAAUAUUUUCUGUACAAAAUUCGUCCCUGAAACUUCAGAUGAACUUGUGGUUUCUGGGGCAGCAGACGCCGAGGUUCGCCUAUUUAAUUUGUCCCGUUUAAGGAGAAACGGACUGGAGGGGAGUAGUAUCAGUCCAUCAGCAGUUUUCCGGUGUCACACUAGGAGGGUUAAAAAAUUAGCUGUGGAACCUGGAAAUCCUAAUCUGGUGUGGAGUGCCAGUGAAGAUGGGACAUUUCGGCAGCAUGAUUUUCGUGAGGGUUCUUCUUGUCCUCCAGCUGGGUCUUCUCAUCAAGAAUGUCGUAAUGUUCUUCUUGAUUUGCGAUGCGGAGCUAAGAAAUCACUAGCAGAUCCUCCAAAGCAGCCUCUUGCUUUGAAGUCUUGUGAUAUCAGUUCUACUAGGCCCCAUUUAGUCAUUGUAGGCGGCAGUGAUGCAUUUGCACGUCUAUAUGAUAGAAGAAUGCUGCCGCCUCUAUCAUCUAGUCAGAAUAAGUUGCCACCACCUCCAUGCGUGGACUACUUUUGCCCAAUGCAUCUAUCCGACCUGGGACAUUCCAGCUUGCAUCCUACUCAUGUUGCAUUCAGUCCAAAUGGGGAGGAGCUUCUUGUUAAUUAUAGUGGGGAGCAUGUAUACCUCAUGGAUGUUAAUAACGUUUUGGGGAAUACAGUGAGAUAUACCUCAAGAGAUGUCUCAAAGCUAACCAGCCUGAGUCCCAAACUAGACAAAGCAGAAGUGAAAUCAUCGUUUUCAGGGGUAUCCUUAAAUGGUUUCCCUGUGAGAAACAAAGCUGCAGUACUUGAUAAGUGCAGGAAACUAAUCCGUUUUGCUGAAAAAUCAUUGAAAGGAGAACCAGAUCGUUAUUAUGGAAUUGAGGCUUGUAAUGAAGUGCUGGAUGGUCAUGGUUAUGAGAUUGACCCAACAUUGGUGCAUGAGUGUUUGUGCAUACGCGCCUCCUUGUUACUCAAGAGGCGGUGGAAAAAUGAUUCUCACAUGGCUAUUAGAGACUGUCACAGAGCUCUCAAACUAAAUCCUUCUUCAACUGGGGCACUCAUUUGCAUGGCUGAAGCACUGUCCAUGCUGGAAAAACAUAAGGAAGCAUUGGAGUUUGCUUUUGCAGCUCAAUCUUUAGCUCCAUCUGAUUUUGAAAUUAUGGAGAGGGUGGAGCAUAUAAAGAAGAGUUCGGCUGCAGCUGAAGCUGACAAAACAAGCAUGGAAAGUGACAAAAGAUCAAGGGCAAAUUAUCGAGCUAAAAGAGUGCUUUCUCUAAGUGACAUAAUCUACCAUACAGAAGGAGAAAAUGAUACUCCAAGUGGACCUGAAAGAGAAGACUCUGAUUACGAUGAUGAGCUUGAACUGGAUUUUGAAACAUUAAUAGCUGCCGAAGGAGGGCAUGAUGUUGAGUCCGAUGUUCUCCCAGGAAACUUAAAUUUGAGAAUUCACAGGAGAGGCGAUUUGAAUUUGAACGCAGAGAGGGUGACUGGCUCUUUUGGAUCACCCGUAUCUUCACGUGAAGAUGAGACAGUGCCAAAACAGUCUGAGGUGGCUAUAGAUAUGAAGCAGAGAUAUGUUGGCCAUUGUAAUACAGGCACUGACAUAAAGCAAGCCAGUUUUAUUGGCCAAAGAGGUGAAUAUAUUGCUAGCGGAAGUGAUGAUGGUAGAUGGUUUAUUUGGGAAAAGAAAACUGGGCGAUUAUUGAAGAUGCUGCAUGGAGAUAAUGCCGUUGUCAACUGUAUACAAUGCCAUCCAUAUGAUUGUGUUAUUGCAACUAGUGGAAUCGAUAGCACGAUAAAGAUCUGGACUCCAACAUCUCCAGUCCCCUCCAGUGUUGCUGGGGAUGAAGGACCAGAGCCUUCAAAUGUGUUAGAAGCUAUGGAAGAGAAUCAGCGCAGAUUAUAUUGCACUCGUGAAGCUAUUUUGCCCUUUGAAAUUCUGGAGCGUUUCCGAAUGCAUGAGUUUGCAGAAGGAAGUUUUCAUCCAUUUGAGUGCACACAGAGUUGAUAAGUCCUAGCCACUAUGUGUGGCCAUAGGCGAAGUAGCAAAUUGAUGAUUCAAGGACACAUGGACUUGCUGAAGUUUGAUCUGAAAUUGGAGUGGCUGAAAGAGAGAUGUUUUAUGUAUCAUAUGGAUUGUUUCUGGUUUGGUAAUUGUUACGAAUCCAAACUACUGUAGAUAGAUGAGGCCUUUUUUUCUUUUUGGGUAAAAUAGACUGCACAAGAUAAUUAUUAAUAUACAUUUUAUACAAUGUGACGCAGCUAAUAUGUGUAUAAAUAUUUCGCAUAA